UUGAUUUGUAAUAUUUUGCAGUUCCUGCGGGAGGACAUGAACUACAAAGAUGCUUCUCACAAGCACAAUCAUUUGCACAGAGAAGACAAACAUAUUACAGUGGAGGACCUGUGGAAGAGGUGGAAAACAUCCGAAGUUCAUAACUGGACAGAAGAGGAGACUUUGCGGUGGUUGCAUGAGUUUGUAGAGCUCCCGCAGUAUGAGAAGACGUUCCGUGAAAACUCAGUCAAAGGAACAACUCUGCCAAGAAUAGCGGUUAAUGAACCUUUGUUUAUGAUAUCACAUUUGAAAAUCGCUGAUCGGAGCCACAGACAAAAACUCCAUCUUAAAGCAUUGGAUGUGGUGCUGUUUGGACCUUUGACACGACCACCUCAUAAUUGGGUGAAAGAUUUUGUGCUGACUAUAUCUAUUGUAAUUGGUGUUGGAGGAUGCUGGUUUGCAUACACUCAGAAUAAGACAUCUAAGGAGCAUAUAGCACAGAUGAUGAAAGAUUUGGAGGGGCUUCAGAAAGCUGAAAUGAGCCUUCUUGAGCUACAGGAAAGGCUUGAAAAAGCUCAGGAAGAAAACAGAACUGUUGCUGUAGAGAAACAAAACCUUGAACGCAAAUUAAUGGAUGAAAUUAGUGAUGCAAAACGAGAAGCCCAAAGAUUGAGAGAACUGCGUGAGGGUGCAGAAUGUGAACUUAGUCGACUGAAAUAUGCAGAAGAAGAGCUAGUUCAGGUUCGGAUGGCUCUGAAAAAAGCAGAGAAAGAAUUUGAGCUAAGAGGUAACUGGUCUGUCCCUGAUGCUCUGCAGAAGUGGCUGCAGUUGACACAUGAGGUGGAGGUCCAGUACUACAACAUCAAGAAACAGAAUGCUGAAAUGCAGCUCGCCAUUGCUAAAGAAGAGGCAGAAAAAAUAAAGAAGAAGAGGAGCACAGUUUUUGGAACAUUGCAUGUGGCACACAGCUCUUCCCUGGAUGAGGUGGACCAUAAAAUUCUUGAAGCAAAAAAAGCGCUGUCUGAAUUAACGACAUGCCUGCGAGAGCGCCUUUACCGAUGGCAGCAGAUUGAGAAAAUUUGUGGCUUCCAAAUAGUCCACAAUUCUGGUGUGGCAAACCUGACUUCUACCCUGUACUCCGACCACAGCUGGGUGGUUAUGCCCAGAGUCUCAAUCCCUCCUUACCCGAUUGCUGGAGGAGUGGAUGACUUGGAUGAAGAUACACCUCCAAUCAUUUCCCAGUUUCAUGGUUCUAUUAUAAAGACCCAUGGAACAUUGGCACGCAGCAGCAGCAUGUGUCGUCCUCGGCGAAGUAUUGUUCCACCUUCCCCCCAGUCUCAGCAUGUUCUGCAGUCACCUGAUCCAGAUAUUCUGUCUGUAUCAAGCUGUCCUGCUCUGUACCGCACUGAUGAGGAAGAGGAUGCCAUUUAUUUCAUAGCAGAAAAGCAGUGGGAAGAUACAGGCUCUGAAUGUGACUCUUUAAGUUCUUCUAUUGGAAGAAAACAGUCUCCUCCUUCAAGCCUGGAGGUGCAGCAGGUUUGUGCACCUCUCCGAAAAGAUCUCAAGAGAAGAAACCUCCUGCGAGGAGUCUUUAUCCGCAGACUCUGCUUUAGCAACCGAUAUUUCUAAGACCUCUACGCCCGACGCUGUGGGUUUAACAGAAAGCCAGAGUAUGGUUUUUAGCCCAGCUUGUAAAGUGUACAAUGGUAUUCUGGAGAAAUCUUGCAGCUUACAUCAGAUUUCCAGUAUUUUACCAGCCUCCAAGCCUCCCCACCCUUCCUUCACUUCCUCUCCGAAUGAAUGCAAGCCAGUUCAAGAGGUGCAUGGUAUUCCAGUACUCAAAACCACAAUGCCAGAGCUUUCACAGAACGGAGAGAAGAAAAAACAGUCUAAAAUUAAAGUCCUCUUGAAGAAAAUCUCGAAGUAG